GUCCGGCCGCUUGGUGACCUGCGCAUGCGCGUCCCUCUGGUCCGGGAGACAUGGCGACAGCGGCGGCCUGAGCAUCUCGCAGUGUGUGUAAGCCGAGAGCAGAAUGGCGCGGCAUAGAAAUGUUCGCGGGCUCAAGUACGAUGAAGACUUUGAAGAUGAUGAUGUCUAUGGCCAAUCAGUGGAAGACGACUACUGCAUUUCACCUGCAACAGCUGCGCAGUUCAUUUACAAAAGAGAUGACUACAACAACAGAGCCUUUGCAAAGGAGCCUCUGGAAGAAGGUGUAGAGUGUCUAGAAGAAACGAUUGAAGAGUCUUCCCACAAUAACCAGCCUACAAGCACAGUUGACCAAGUUCGUUUGUAUGCCUGCCUGGAUAAAAUGCGCGAAGUUUUGGGAGAAUCUGUAUUGGAGCAAAUAAUGGUGGAUGCUGUGCUGAAAUGUCAGUACGAUGCGUGUAAAGCCCUUGACCUUGUACUUUCUGAGGAAUGCAAGCCAACCCCAGAAAUAAAGAACCAAGUUGCAGCCCCUUCAAAGAAAUCCACAGAAGGAGACCUAUUUCACUCAUCAAAAUUAGUAGCUCAGAAACAUUCAGAUUCAUGUUUACCAAUGACAUUAUUAGAUGAUACUGAUAAUUCUUCAACGUUUGUUACUGAUAAUUCUUCAACUUUUGACUUGAGUAUUCUACUAUCGACUCAGUCUGAGCCAAGUUAUACGUCUGCUCCCAUGAUUGCUUGCGAAUCUAUUAAUAAUGAAAGUGCAAAUGAGGGUGAGGAAACCCGAACACAGAACAUUUCAUUAUUGGAAAUGAUCAAAAAAUCCCCAAAUGUGUUGCAGACACAUACAAGGGCACAAAAUGGCCCAUUUGCUGACCAGACUACAAUAAAUUCACACCAAAGGGGUAUUAAUCUUGCAGACCUGAUUAAAGAUUGUGAAGGCAGAGCAAGGGAGCAACCAGCUAGAGUUGAUGCGGACAUCAUACCAAAAGUAGCAAAAAUGACAGUAUCUGGAAAACAAAUAACAGGCUUCAAUAUACCAAGCGCUAACACGGAUGAGAAUGACCAUCUCCGAAAGGGUGCAGUGCCUAAUGAAGUUUUUCCAUCUGUAAUGCCGGAGGCUUCACCUAAGCCAAAUUCUGCAUGUCCUGGUCCCUCUUUAACUGAAGAAGCAACAGCGGUUCAGACUCCAAGCAAAGUCUCUACCAAAACGAGACAGCAGCUUGAUGUAAAAGUCGAGCUUGAGAAAAGGCAAGGGGGAAAACAGCUGCUGAAUCUUGUUGUCAUUGGUCAUGUAGAUGCUGGCAAAAGUACUUUAAUGGGCCAUGUACUCUAUCUUCUGGGAAAUGUAAACAAACGUGUCAUGCACAAAUAUGAACAAGAAUCAAAAAAAGCAGGAAAAGCCUCAUUUGCCUUUGCUUGGGUUCUGGAUGAGACAGGCGAAGAAAGGGAAAGAGGUGUAACAAUGGAUGUAGGAAUGACAAAGUUUGAAACAAAGACGAAAGUGAUCACUUUAAUGGAUGCACCAGGUCACAAAGACUUUAUUCCAAAUAUGAUUACAGGUGCUGCACAGGCUGAUGUUGCAAUCCUAGUGGUAGAUGCAAGCCGUGGAGAAUUUGAGGCUGGAUUUGAGGCUGGUGGGCAGACAAGAGAACAUGCGUUGCUAGUUCGCUCUCUUGGUGUUACACAGUUGGCUGUUGCUGUUAAUAAAAUGGAUCAGGUGAAUUGGCAACCUGAAAGAUUUAAAGAGAUUUCUAACAAACUUGGGCAAUUUUUGAAGCAAGCAGGUUUCAAAGAUUCUGAUGUUGCUUACGUCCCCACAGCUGGACUGACUGGCGAGAAUCUAACCACCAGAAGUCAAGUCCCUGGGCUCAGAACCUGGUACAAUGGACCUUGCCUGUUGGAACAGAUUGAUUGUUUUAAGUCACCUCAAAGACCAGUAGAAAAACCAUUUAGAUUGUGUGUGUCGGAUGUUUUUAAAGAUCAAGGAUCAGGAUUCAAUGUUACAGGCAAAAUUGAAGCAGGAUAUGUUCAAACUGGAGAUCGAGUUCUGGCGGUGCCUCCAAAUGAAACUUGCACAGUUAAAGGAAUCACCUUGCAUGAGGAGCCACUCGAUUGGGCCGCGGCAGGAGACCACGUCAUUCUCACUGUCACUGGCGUGGAUAUUAUAAAAAUAAAUGUGGGAUGUAUUUUUUGUGAUCAGAAAGCUCCUAUAAAAACAUGCACAAGGUUUAGAGCAAGAGUUCUUAUUUUCAAUAUUGAAAUUCCAAUCACUCAAGGUUUACCAGUUUUGUUACACUACCAAACAUUAACUGAACCAUGUUCAAUCAGAAAGUUGGUGAGCAUUCUGCACAAGAGUUCAGGGGAAGUGCUGAAGAAAAGACCAAAAUGUUUGACUAAAGGGCAGAAUGCCUUGAUCGAGCUGCAGACCCAGAGACCUGUUUCUCUGGAACUCUACAAAGACUUCAAAGAACUGGGUCGUUUUAUGUUACGUUACGGCGGCUCCACGAUAGCAGCAGGAGUGGUCACUGAGAUAAAAGAAUGAUUGUAGAGCGGAAUGUCCUACUUCUCGACCGGCUUUCCAUCCUAAUUAAGAACUGGUCAAUGUGAUGAGCUCCUGGAAUUCUAAAGGCUGCAGGAACUGUAGUUGACAAAACAAAGUGCAAUUUAUAAGAAUCCAAAAUGAACUCCAACGAAUGUGAAUUAGCCCUUCUGCAAUAUUGUAUUCAAGAAAGCAACUGACGGAAUGAUCUUCUAAAUGUAUUGACUCAUAUUGCCAACAAUACCUCCUCAAGCACAGUUGCACUGCAUCUGCCAAGCAUCUCUGCAGCUCUGCAUAAUUGAUUUUCUUGACUUUUCUCAAUAUCCUAGAAAAUGUGCAUAAAAUGCAUUUUUUUUUUUAAAGUAUCGACUUGUUGGCUGCAUGAUGACCUGGUUGAACAUUUAGUGGUCCAGAGUGGACAAAUUCUACAUCUGUUUGCCUGCCUCCUGUUUGUAUCGCCAUUAACGUGCCAUGAUUUCUCAGUGUAUUUAUGAUGAUCUGCUGACACUGACAGAUUGUCAUUGACAGGAACUGUAACUACCGUACUUACAGCCAGCCCUGUUGGGUGGGGGAAACUAAUUUGCAGUACAUCAGGUAAUCCGAUGUCAUACUCUAACUCCCCACUUUCAUAUCAGUGGAAAGUGUUCCAAAAAUAUUUAUCAAGGUGCAAGUCAUUGAAGCCGGUUCUGAAUAAAAUAUGGUUAAAGCAAAGCAUUUAC